UCACUCAGUGUUGCUCCGGCAGUCACAGGAGUUAGGUGUACGCGUAUCUCAUCUUGCUGGCGUUCCUCAUGUGCUUUCCCUAGUGCUUUAAGUGACACGAGAGCGACACACACCCGUCACAAGUGCGCCAUAGUGCAAAUAAGUCCCCGGGAGGAGGUGUUACAACCACUGGCGCCAAUGUACCCGUAGAGGCAGGAUCGGGUCUAGAGAAUUUUUUGGGGAAGUGCCCAUGCCUGUUUUGAAAAGUAUGGAUUUCCCACUGAAACUUAGAAAGAUAAAGUUUCUUAGAAUCCAGUAAGUUUGCAUUGUAAUGUGUUGACUGUCCGUGAGUACCAGUACAAGCCUCCCUACUCAGCAGUGAGUUUGGCUCACCCCCGCCUGGAAUGAAUUAAUUUAGGAACGCAACCUGAAGACGCCACUCUGGCAGGGCUGAGCAAGGUGGCUUGGGGGCAGUGUGGCCAAGCCGGCUCCCACCAACAGUGCCUCAAGCCGGGUUCGUCGGCUCCUCCCACCGCAAGGGCACAUUUAGCAGCACCAACACACCAACACCUUGUCAGUCAUGGGUGAAGUUGAUAAGCCUUUUGGAUGCCCCCAGCCGGGUUGUGGGAUGAGUUUCACCAAUGAGGACCAUCUCACUGUUCACCGCCGCCGUCACGAGAUGCAGCUGACGGUGAAUGGGGAGCACCACACUCCCUCUCUAGUCAAGCACACUGGCUUCAUUAUAGACCAGACACCCACCCCAACAAGAUUCCUGCGGCAGUGUGAGGAGGUGGGGCUUUUUCAAGAAAUUAGUUUGAAUCCAUUUGAUGAGCAGUUCCGGAGAGCAUCCCUCCUGAGAUCCCACCACUCCAUCACUGAGUCCAUCGGGGGCGGUGAGAGUCUGGACACCCCAAGGGUCCUUCCCCCCCCUGCGGACUCUGAUGAGACCAUCUCCUCCACCUCCCGCGACGACAUCUGCGGCACCACCUCCACCAGCACAGUUACUUCCACCCUCACCACCUCCAGCCAUGCCUAUGUCCCACCUCAGACUGCCACCACCACCUGCCCUGGCUCCCUCCCUUCAGCCAGAGUGUUGGAUGUAGUGGAAGAGGAGCCAGACAGAGGAGAUGGGACCACCCGGCGUCUCUCCCUCAAUGUGUCCUCGGCAGCAGAGGCAGGGCAGCAGUCCAGCUCCGUCAUCUCCACCCCGACACCCGUAAUCACUGCGGGGCCGUCAGUCACACAGUCCCUGGGUGCUGUGGAGAUCGGCAGCGCGACCUCCAUGAAGGUGGGGGGAGUGGGCCCAGCCACAGCACAGCAGCCAGCCAUCUGUGCUGCUCCCAGCAGUGUGCCACCAUCACCAAGUGCCACAGUCCUCCAGCUCCUCCUUAGGUUACCAAACGGACAGGCCAUCCCAGUGGAAAUUCCUGCCACUCCUGUUGUGUCGUCAUCCACUCAGAGUGGCACCACCACCAACAGCAGCACCACUACCACCGUCUCAUCCAUGGUGGCGUCGCCUCCAAACUGUCAUGACAAGUCACCUCAGCAGUCCCUUGCCAAAAUGAAGCUGAAGCAAGUAUUAGCCUCAAGUAGUACAGCUGCACGGCCUGGCAGUAGCAAAACUUCCAGAGCCAACACAGCAGACCGCAUCGCAGAAAUGACAAGAUCGCGCAACUUCAGUGGCACAAGCAGCACUGAGGGAGAGUGUGAUGAUGAUAGUGUGUCAGCCAACAACCCUGCCAAAGGAGAGAGGAAGAGGCGAAAUUCAUCAGACAAUGAAGAUCCAGCUGAAAAGAGAAAGAAGUUCCUUGAAAGAAAUAGGGCGGCUGCAAUUCGAUGUCGGGAAAAGAAGAAAAAGUGGAUAGAGAAUCUUUCCAUGAAGUACGAUGAGUUGGGAAGCAUCAAUCAGAAGCUGCAGUUGGAGGUGUCGUCCCUGCGCUCAGAAGUUGCUGUCCUGAAGUCCAUGUUACUUCAGCACAAAGACUGCCCAGUGACUCUUGCCAUGCAGGGAGAUGGUACCCUUGAUGGAAUGAACGGGAGCUGCGGGCCGGCCUCCCUUGCCCCUAUGCUGGUGCCUGUGCCGGAGCCGUCCCUUGCACACAAGCCACGCACGCGCUCCCUCUCCCUGCCCUCCAUCCCCUCCUCUGAGAACACUCCCGUGGAGCCCCUCCCUGUGAAUCUGUCCUGCUGUGUGUAUGCCUCACCUCCUGCCAGCACCAUUGUAACCUCAGCCUCUUCCACCUCCUCCCCAUCCACCAAGGUGAGUGCAGCACCUCCCGGUGUGCCAGGGAGGACAGGCACAGCAUCAGUCAGUCCUGUUAACCUAACCAGUAGUUUCAUCACCACCAACCAGCACCCAUCCCCUCACAGCCCUGCUACCUCCAUUGCCCGCAUCAUAAAGAUUUCCCCAGGUCCUGUGCCUCAGGGGCAGGUCUCCUCCCCACAAACCCAGCUCCUUGCCCCAGCUGUGGUGCCUUCCACAGUCACCACUGGAGGACACACAGGGAAAGUGAGCAAGAUCGUGCUGGGCCAAUCGGAGAUCUUGACAACAGACGUCAAUCCCAAGGCAACGGUGAUGAUCAAUGGGACUCCCAAUGUCAUCAUGGCAGCAGCUCCCAUCAGCAACACAACCUUGCCUCAGCCACAACUACUCAACCUCACCCUGCAGACGCCGCAGAGCAAGGCAUCGCCCACAGUCCUCCGCAAAUCUAACUAGAAAUAGGAUUAACAAAAGUACAAUAAGUUGAUUUUCUACCACUCUGAGGUGAACCUUGCUGAAAGGUUCUUGCUGUUGAAGAUAGUUUGUAAGAUUUAUACUUUAUAUAGAUGACAGAUUUUCUAAAAUACAUGAAAAAUAUGCAGACAGGUUUUAGUGUGAAUCUCCCCUUAUGUUGAAUAUAUAUUAUUUAGCAAUGUAAUGAAUAUCACAGUUGUUAAAGUUGGUAUGAAGUUUGUUUAAAUUAUUAUGACAAAAGAUAGCAAUAUUGUUUAUGUAAAUUUUAUUAACUAACAAAAUUAUGCCUUACUCUAAGAGUAUGAGCAAACACAAGAAUGCAAUUGCUUUUCAAUUUAACUGAAAGGUGCAAAUAAACUUGUUCACACCA